AUGGCUGAAGUAAGCUGUUGGUAUCAACUUCCGAGAUAUGUUGUACGACGUUUGUCUUCAAUACUUGAAGAGCAGGGAUUCGAUCUUCGAUCCUCUAACUGCGAAAUCACCUCAGUGUCAGCAAGUCUCUGGAUUUCCUCACUCUAUCGACUUAAAGUUACAGACGGCCCCAGGGCCAUGUCAUUCUACAUAAAGUGUCUUCCGUCGGACGUCCAAAGAAGAAAUGUUUUCGACAGCCAUCUGCAGUUCAGAAACGAAGCCAUAUUUUACAGCAAAAUAUUUACAGAGUUUGUGCAUUUCGGGAAGGAAAAAUUUUCUCACGAUUCGUGUGUUCCGAUUCGAAUCCCUAAGUGCUACGCAGCAGAGUGCAAGGGGGAGAACGCUUUCCUGGUCGUGGAGGACCUAACCUCUGCAGGCUUUGUCGUGUUGAGCCGUUUGAAAGUCAUGGCUCUUCACGAACUCCUUCUCGUUAUGAAAGAACUUGGACGAUUUCACGCCUUCUCUCUCGCCAUGAAGAACCAAGAUCCUGACAGGUUUUCCAAACUUAAAGAAUCCGUCUCCGAAAUAAUGUUUUCUAUUUCCGCGUAUAACAAAACAACGCGCGAUUUGGUUAAGUUUAUUCUUAAUGACGUAUUAGAGAUGCUGAAGGCACAUUAUCCGCAAAGUAAUUCGUAUUUAAAUAAAUAUGAACGCUUCGUUGGAGAUGCUGAAGACAGAAUUAUGAAGUUGAUCUACGAUGACUCCACAAAUGAAGCCUAUAACGUCAUCACUCACGGGGACUUAUGGGUCAAUAAUUUAAUGUUCCACUAUCCACCAGGAGCGUCGGGUAAGGAACCAGAUGAGAUGAGGUUCUUAGACUUCCAACAGACCCGGUACGCGUCUCCCGCCUUGGACAUAGGCCGACUGUUAUUCUUGGGGACAGACAGAAUGACGAGAGAGGCACAUCGAGAAGACCUGCUUCACUGUUACCACGACAGUCUGAGUGAAACCGUGAGUCAUCUUGGGUCAGACGUCGAGCAGUUGCUUCCAUUCUCUGCUUUGGAGCCGCAGCUCAAACACUGUGCACCUUUCAUUAUAUCUAAUGUACUUCUGAACCUUCCACACGCUUUGGAUGAGUGGGAAGGUAGUGAUGACGAAGUCGCAGGUGACGACAGUGAUGCCAUCAAGAGUGCUAUCAGAUCUGCUCACUCGAGAAUGACACCUGUUUGCAAGCGAAGAAUUAUUGAAGUAGUCGAGGAGUCUGUUGAUCGUGAUUACAUAAACUGAAUCUAAAGUUUGGAGGUAAAUGAACGAAAUGAACAACUUCUUGCAGCAUCGGUAAGUUUCAUCAGUUGCGUGUGGACUUCCUUUGAUGUGGAUAAUAACAUAAAUGAGAAUUUAUGUAGGAUUUAAAGUUCUCAUAACGGUGGUUAUGAAGAGUUCUCACUUCUGAGAUGUAACGGCACGUAGUCCGCUGAAAGCCAACCAAC